AUGACAAAGGAACAACUUCCCGCCGACUGUUUAAAUGAUAUCUUUAGUCAUUUGGACGUAAAAAGUUUAUCCAAUUGCACAUUUGUUAACUGGCUCUGGUGUGAAAUUUCAGUUCGAUUGUUGUGGGCAAGUAUCAGGAAUUUUAACACUUUAAUUGCUUGCCUUCCUAACAAAUCGAAAGAGAUUUUAUAUAGAAAUGAGAUAAUCAUUUCAACACCGACUUCAAGGCACCCAUUAUUUAAUUACGUAAAAUUUGUUAGGGAAUUCUCAAUAAAAGAAAUUUGUGAAGGAAUAUCAUAUCUUCUCAAAAAUGAUCCGUCACAAGUCUUUCACGAUAGUAAAAAUAUUAUACUAGCACAAGAAAUAUUCAAAAUGUUUAUGAGUCAAAAUUCUUUGAAAAAAUUUCAUUUUUAUCCUAAUUUAAAUUACAUUCCAGAUAUACCAUUUGUCACAUAUCCUGGGGCAAAGAAUUGUUUGAAAAACCUUUCAGAGUUAACCUGUGGUUCAAGUAUCAAUCCUAAAUAUUUUUAUCAGCUAUCUCAACUAUGUCAUAAAUUAGAAACAUUAAACGUAACCUUUGAAGAGGUGAUUUCAAAUGAAUUUGGCGACUUACUUUCCGUUCAACAAAAUCUAAAGCAUUUGCACGUAACUCACACCUCAAAAUGCAAAGAUUUGACGGAGAUAGGUCCCUAUUUAAAUAGAAUUCCCCCCACUUUAACCGUCUUUGUUCUCUAUGGGGAAUUUCAUCAUAUGUCAUUGGAUUUCGUUAACAGGUUCUCCAAUUUACGAGAGCUGGUAUUAUUUUUUUGUCAUUCUAAUUACUUUCGAAAUUUACAAUACACUUCCUUUCCAGAGUUACGAAUCUUGGAGUUUAAAUAUGAAUGUCCGAAACAUGAUUAUUUGGUUAACUUCCUAGAGAUCAACGGGAUGAAUUUAACAGAGAUUCGUAUAUGUAGGUCAAAGGAUUCAUUAAAUUUGGCCAUUGCUCAAUUUUGUCCGAAUUUGAAUUCCUUGUACACGAUAUUUAGGUAUGGGGAAGUGGAAACGUUGAAAUUAAUCUUGACUAGGUGUCAAAAGUUAGAAAGUUUAAAGAUCUUGUGUGGUAAUUACCAUUUGAAUGAAUGCAAACUGUUGGAGAUUGUCGCAAAUCAUUCAUCUAAUACCUUUCAUGAGUUAAAAGUAUGUGCAGUUCAUGUACAAUCAGAAUUAUUUUCAAAAGAAUUAGAAUCUAUCUUGAUAAAUCCCAUACCACCAAAAUUAAUUUCGUUGGUCAUUGUCAAAGGUAUUAAAGGAUUUAGCGCUUUAAAAGUUAAUAUGGAAGCAAUCGAAACAUUUAUAAAUUUGGGUAUCAUUAAAAAUUUCAGAAUUGCAAAUUUUGGGGAAUAG